AGAAAGAGAGCCUGACAAAGUUGAGACCAACUCAAUUACUCACUACAGAUGGGUGCAGCAUCUGGAUCUGUUUGCUUUCUUUGUUACUCUUUGGGUUAGCUUUAUUUUUUACAGAUCAGUGUAGUUGUGUUAUUUAUUAUUGUGAUUGUAACUAUUCCUUGAGAUACUUAAUCGCCAUGGCUUAUAAAAUGCCCGAUCAAAGAUGGUUGUAUGAUCUAUUUCGUAGGGUUGACCGAGAUGGCUCUGGUGCUAUUAAUGCUAACGAAUUACAAUCUGCUCUUUCCAAUGGUACCUGGAGUGCGUUUAAUGGUGAGACUGUCCGUUUAAUGAUCGGAAUGUUUGACAAAGACAGAAAUGGAUCAAUUAAUUAUCAAGAAUUUGUCCAUCUUUGGGAUUAUGUGACCCGAUGGCUUAACUGUUUUAAAAGCUUUGAUCGCGACAACUCUGGAAAUAUAGAUCGUGAAGAGUUGAAACAAGCCUUGACCACAUUUGGAUACAGAUUAUCAGACAGUUUUUACAGCAUAAUUAUCAGAAAAUUUGAUAGGAAAGGUGCUGGUUCAAUCUAUUUCGACGAUUUCAUCCAGUUAUGUGUUCUCCUUCAAUCAUUAACAGCAGCAUUCAGGCAACAUGAUACAGACCAAGAUGGGUGGAUACAAAUUGAUUAUGAGAGAUUUUUAACCAUGGUUUUUGAUGUUUGUAUUGUUUAAUAUUGUGAUUUUAUUAUCUUUCUGUAAGGUCAAAACGUCCUCUCUUUCACAUUUGUUUAAAUAAAGUGUCUCUAAAUUUUUAAUGGC